AUGUCUGACGCGACGAUCCCGCAAGAGGCGGGUACUAUUCGCAAGGGAGGACUCGUUUUUAUCAAGGGACGGCCUUGCAAGGUGGUGGAGAUUUCUACCAAGGUUGGUGCGAAGUACGGUCGCACGAUGUGCCAUUUUGUGGGAACUGAUAUUCUCACCGAUGAGAAGGUGGAAGAUACCGUGCCGUCUACUCACAUUUGCAACGUUCCAGUGGUCCGUACCGACUUUCAACUCGUAACUGUCGAGAAUGGCUACGUAACUGUUACGACGCCCGAUGGUGAUAUGAGGAGCGAUCUUCACCUUCCGACCAAUGAGGCUCUCGCCUCACAGAUCACGAACGGAGUUGCAGAAGGCAAGGUACUUGCGCUGAGUGUAAUGAGCUAUAUUGGUGAGGAGGUAAUUUGCGCUGUUAAAGAUGUGUCAAAAAUGUAG